AUGGCAAAAGUACUUAAAAUAUCUUUUAAUAUUUUCCUAAUUUCUCAUUGUUUAAAUUUAAUUUUUGGAAAACCUUUUAUAUCAACAUUAACGAAAAGAAAUGCCAUCAAUGGAGAUUUUCCCUUCAUGAUCUACUUAACAAUUCAAAAAACGAUGGGAAACACUUUUAUGUGUGGCGGUUCAAUUCUCACAAGAAAUUUCGGUCUCACAGCUGCCCAUUGCCUAACAUAUCAGCAAGAUAACAAAACUCACAUGGCACAAAGUGCUACUGCUUUCAUGGGACUUACUGAUUUAACACUUGAUGAAACGCACGAAGUAUCGCGUAGCAUCACAGAGAUGAUCAUUCACGAAAACUACCAGAUUUUCGGCGAUAAUGAUUACACUUUUAACGACAUUGCCGUGUUUCGGUUUAACAGUUCUAUUGAUUUUUGUCAAUUUGUGCAACCAAUCACGUUGCCUGAGAGUGAUGCGAGCUACACAAAUGAGUUUGUUACAGGCAUGGGUUGGGGAGUCACCGAAAAGAGCAGAGUCUCGGAAGAAUUGUUCUUUGAUGCAUCACGGAUCAAGACCCAUCAAGAUUGUGUGAGGGAUUACCGGAAAAUUGGUUUUGAAGUAAAUGAAAAUAUGAUUUGUGUUGAGCCGUCAAUUGCUUGUUUCGGAGACUCUGGAGGACCAUUGGUUUUGACGAAUACUUCGGUAAUUGUGGGAAUUGUGAGUUUUAGUUCAGUAGAGGUCUUUGGAUCUUGCAAUAAUAAUCCGUUGAAGGCAGAUGUAUAUACGAGAGUCUCGGCUUAUGUCAAUUGGAUCAAGAAAAAUGUUGGAAGAACUGAAGUUUGGCUGCCGUUUGGAACGAAGAAAGAUGUAAAGUGUCUCAGGCAGUAA